UCUCAGUAGAUAUUUUGUACUAAAACACCUGCAAAUCGAGAAGACUUGUAAAGGUAAAACUGUCCUGCCAACACAGCAUGGAUACCGGAGUUUUCAGGGAACAUCACAGAUGGUGGAAGGAGAGAGGCGGACUUGGGAUUCUUCGUGUUACACCCUAAACAAGAAAAAGUAACAAGGAAACAAGAAGAAUAUAAUAAAAGGAAACAACUUAAGACUGUGCAGUCAUAAUGGAAGAAGAAGAAUGGGAAGAGGAAGUCGUCAAACUAUUGCUUACAGGGUUCGAUGGAAGAGCCAAGUUCUACAAAGUCAAAAAUUUCAUGCACCACAGAAACCUUGUAGGUGACAUGGGAAUGACAGGCGUCUUGAGGCGGAUGACAGACAGCAGCAGGUUCUUGGUCUUUCAGAAGAAUAAAAGUGUUAAGUACAUCUCUGUGUUCUGCGAGGAUGCCAGUAUUUGCUUUCCAUUCCAAAAGGAAGGCUACGAAAAGUGCAUAAACAGAAACUGUUCUAAAUUCCAUGUGUGCAAAUACUUCAUUAGUGGCAACUGCACGAAGAGUUCCAACUGUCAUUUAGGACACGACCUUCAAAACGAGACCAAUAGGAAAGUGUCUGAAAGGCUGGGUCUGUCUUCUUUUUCAGCUGAUGAACUCCACACCAUCAUAUCCCGCAGUAAUCCCGCUGUGUGCAUGAAGCACAACGCGAGAGGCUGUGAUGACGAUGACUGUCCAGACCUUCACAUCUGCUCUCUCUUCAUCCUACAGAGAUGUACAGCAGGGGCUGACUGUAGGUUCGGACAUUCUCUUCUAGCGUCCGACCAUAACGAGUGGGUUCUGGACACGUUUAAUGUCAGCUAUAUGACGGAGGAGGAGUUAAGGAGCAUCAUACUUGUUAGAGGUAUUGUAGACGCACCUCAAAUGAGACCAGCAACAUCGUCAUUGAGUCUUCUUAGUAAUUAUACAGCGACAUCGUCAACGUCGUUAGCAGAAGAAGACACAGACGAAUACGUCACUAGGGUCUUCAGAUUCCUCCUACUGCAUUUUGGCGGGCGAGCUCAAUUCAGUACAUUUUUGAUAGAAAGAAGGCGCCAUCUCCAGUUUAUGAGGCAGGUAAACAUCACCAGAUGGCUGAAAGAUCACAUGGACCGAUUUCUCCUGUUUGAAAGAUCAGGUGAUGUGAAGUAUGUGUCUGUUUACAGCAGACAAGCCAAGGUGUGCUUCGGUUACAAUAGUUCAGGCUGCAACAACAAGUCCUGUAAGUUCUUUCACGUCUGCAAACGUUUUGUUGCAGGCAACUGUGUCCAAACCAGUUGUCCUUUAAGUCACAGUUUCUCCUCGGAGCCAAACGCCAAGGCGUACUCUCUCUUGAAGUUGGAUCAUUUCACCACCACGGAAAUUAGCAAAAUUUUUUUCUACAGCAAUCCUGCUGUCUGUGAAUAUCAUAACACAUCAGGCUGUUUCUAUGACGGCUGCACGGACCUCCAUGUUUGCGCAAAGGAUCUCUUAUCCCUUUGUACGAGCGGAGUUGACUGUAAGUUUGGUCACGUGAUAAGAGAUUCAGGCGAACACAACUCGUACGUGUUGAAGGCGUUUCGAAUGGACACGUGGGAGGAACACGUCUUGCGGAAACUAGUGAUCAUCAAGGGAGACUGUUUGAACACACCAGAGGGCGCCAGCACUCCGUCUUCACAGGCGUCUCCCACUGGAGAUCAGCUGGCUGACAACAACAAAAGCGUCAAACUCCAUACGUUAGUCAGCUUCAAAGAUACCGUUCCUAGGAAGUACGAGUACAUUUGUGAAACAUACACCUGGACAGGUGCGUGUCCCAACUCCCCACACUGUCCCCGUUAUCACAAUCCUGAUCGUCUGCCUUACUUGUGGCUGGUUCUGGAGGAUGGAAAAUGGCGGAGAGUCCUCGCAAGUGUCAGCAUCAACUUGGAAACUUGUUUCUGUGAUCUCGGGGACAUCCUCAACAAAAAGUUUUCCAUACGUGGAAUUGAGCACAUGGACUUUAAUACUAUGUCAGCAAUAUCCGAUGGAACAACAUUCAAAAUGAAGCGACUGUCGACACCAUCAUAUGUGACUGCAACACCUGGAACUCCUCUUAACUUCUACACUCAGUGGGUGUGGUAUCGACAAGAGCGUGAUGGUACCUACACCCCUUUCUACCCGGGAAGCCUGCAGUACACUCUGGAGGAGAAGUACCUCAUGGGACAACACAAGUACUACUUUGAGUUUGAAGACCUUCGCCUGAUGGUGGACACUCACAGCCUGCCCAUGACACAAACCAACCUACAUACACAGGGAGGUACACCUAUCAGUCGGCGGCCAGUCUUUGAGCCUACUAAGAAAUCGGAAGUACCGAAAAUGUCAUCGUUGCUGUUGGCCGAGGUUUCGUCAGUCGUGCAUCAAGUACCUAAACACUGGUCUGCCGUCGACCACUUCCAGGACUUUGAGCUCGUGGAGUUGGAGUCAGCUGACCCUGAGUACAUCACCGUUCAGCGACAGUUCUUCUCGACGAUGAGCAUGACAGAGCAAAAGAUUGUACACAUGUUUCGUGUACAGAACCCGGGUCUGUGGGAUAAAUACUGCAGUGCCAGAAGGGCCAUGGCCCCUCGAGGUCAAAGGCCAGAAGAGGUGGAGGAGCGCCAAUUGUUUCACGGAACGCCGACACUUCAGGCGGCCAGGGGCAUCUGCGCCAACAGCUUCGACUUCCGCAGGUCUGGAGAAAAUGUCGGAGCUAUUCACGGCAAGGGAGCUUACUUCUCCACCACAGCCAAGUUCAGUCACAGCUACACACGUGUUCACACCCCAGUCACAGGUGACCCCCUGCGGUUCAUGUUUCUGGGAAGGAUCCUUGUGGGGCAGUACACCCUGGGUCAUCCUUCUUACACUAAGCCACCAGAGCGUGACCGGCUGAAGCUGUACGAUUCAUGCGUGAAUGAUUUGUCCAAUCCAUCCAUCUUCGUCAUCUUUGACCUUGCUCAGAGCUACCCGGAGUAUUUAAUUCAGUACACUGAUGUUUUAGGAAAAAAGCAGCAGUCACAGGUUCGCACUUCUGUAUCUGUUCCAUCCUUAGCCCAGAGUCAACCUUCCCUCAAUCCUUCGUCUCGACAAAGUUUAGUGAAAAAGACCAUAGUGCAGCCAUCUACAGUUAAUUAUGAUAAGACCACGUGGAGCAGGGGUGCAUCCACUCCUUUACGGGACUCUACUUUAGAGAAAGCCUUUUGGACUUCUUACAGAUCUUCGUCGCGACCAGUGUCGCCAUAUUCACGAUCACCGCAGUUGACUUCCAAGCAGUCUGUACCUGGAAGAACACCUCAGACACAAAUGUCAUCACCGAACAGUCCUUCAGGUUUUUCACGUCUAUCAAUCAGCGAUGAUUCAACGUCUCCGGAGUUAGAUACAUUCACAAUUGUCUCCCUGCCUACGAGGCAAGAUCAAAGCUCAUUACCUGUUAGAAAGCCCAAGGACAAGGACAGGUGUGUGAUUGCUUGAGGUGUAACAGAGUGAGGAUAAGGUUGGCUCUACACACGUAAUCCGUAUUUUCAAGCGAGAUACGGGUGAACACGAAGACUAUAUUGUCACGCUCACUACUCUCGAGGUUACGAUCGAGAAGACCAGCGAGGUAACAGUUGAAGGUCUAAAACAGACGAUCAUGUCCAUGAUUUUGCUUCUGCAAAAGGGAGUUGAUAUGAAUGCUAUCUUUUUUGUCUUCUUGACAUCAUUUAGUUAGCUAAUGAGCUAAUGUGUACUGAUAUGGAAGCUUUGUCUAUAAUUGUGAUUUAUUCCAAGUUAUUGUGCGACAGCUGCAUACUACCCAGCAGCAUAUGUAAAUGUAUGAUACAGACCUUCCAGAGAGUAAAAUCGUUUUGAUAACAAAAUUAAUAAAUCAGUCAAUCCUU